CCCACCCGGGUGUCUGCUAACGAGGCGGAGCCUCUUCUACUGCAUAGCGCACCACGUACCGGCAAUCGCGAGUUGACGGGCCCUAACUGCGCUCUUCCGUAGUUUCCGUCGCGAGGUCCUCUCUAAGACCUCCACCGAGGUUACUGAAGUCUACUGAAUCGCAUCCGACCGGUCAUAUUGCCAGUAUUUCGAGCCCUAUCACCAAGACACCUAAUACAGCCGACGAAGAAGGCCUCCAGGUGAAGCGCGGCGUUUGGAACGAAUGGAGGGUGUCAACGGGGACACGGAAGUGGACCGAGGGGGUCCUCCGGUCCUGAGCCCUCUGACCGGUUGCUAUCUAUUGAUUGUUAUCGGCGAACCACAUUGCCAGGAUCACAAGGAUAUCAUUCUCAAAAGGAUCGAAAAAGGUUUACUGUCCUGGGACAUCAACGAUUGCCACGUCGACCUCGAAAAAGAAUUGUCCAUAAUCACGGAACAGUCUCCCGAAGGAGAGGAGGCUAAGUAUGGCGAACGACUUAUUCAGUUUGCUUCCGAAAAUUUGGUAACGGAAGUUUUAAUUCAUCCGGCUGUUAGCACUUUAUCACAAUGCAUGAAGAAUUUGCUAAGUAGUUUUACUAGGCAUCGACACAUUAUCCAUUCAGGAUACACAUUUGCAGGGAAUGGUUCCUGGAUUCUACAGGAUGGAACAUUUUCGUUAGCCGACUUUUCGGAAGCAUUCCAAGAGGUUGAGGUCCAGCGUGUUCUUAAAGCUUACGAGAACACGAUUUCUCUGGAUCUUCAUUGUUCACCGGAAGGCGAUUGGUCAAAGCUUUCUAGAGAAUCAUUUACGAAGAACUGCAAGCUGCGAUUGAACCCUGACGACGUCCUUACCUCAGGGAACACUUCGAUAACAAAUUUUUUAAAUUAUCUUUUGCCGUUUCUCAAUCCGACCGACAUAGAAAGCGUAUUAGAAAGCUCAGAUAUUGUGGGCAACAUUAGGUUUUCAUAUCCAACUUUAUAUAUCUUUCCCGCUGGUCAAGGCGAUGCCGCCCUUUUUGGUAUUAAUGGUUUUAAUAUGCUAGUGGAUGGAGGCUUUUCUAGAAAAGCCUGCUUUUGGAAUUUCGUUAGACACUUGGACAGAUUAGACGCUGUUCUUCUGACUAGAAUAAAUAACAACAACGUUGGUGGAAUUGGCUCAAUGAUGAGACGAAAACGACACAGUUCUGUUUAUCCACAAAUUGGUCAUUUCUUUUGCAACAUUCUGGAAAGAAAAUCUAUACUUAGCCCUGACGGUGACAAAGAUAAAGAUCCGCUGUUGGUGAAUCUAUUUGAAGAGGGUCAGGAAUUGGUCGAGAAUUUACACCACAUCAACUUGAAUCCGCAAACAUGUUAUCGCGAUAUCGAACCCAUCAAUCUGUAUCACAAAGUAGGUCAUGGAACUUUGGAUAUGUAUGUACUUAGUCCUGCGAGGGAAUCGAAGGAAGUGAGAGAAUUCCUUCAAAAGUGGAACUCCAACGAUCAGAAGUUAUUCGCGAGUCAAAAACAUUCGCGCGAUUUUAAUUUUCCCGUGCAAAACCUAGUGUCAAUAUGUGCUGUAUUAGUGUGGCAGCCUGCCAACGUAAACGAUAAUAUUACAAGGAUUUUGUUUCCCGGAAGUGCUCCGCAACAAAAAGUGUUCGAAGGCUUAGACAAGCUUAAGCAACUAGAAUUCUUUAAGUAUCCGACGUGUUCGCUUAAAUCCUUAGCUCCCAUACCGAAAGCCAAGCAAACAAAAGGUAGUGUUAUAGAACGACUAUUACAGGAACAGAAGCAGGAGAAACAAGAGAGACAAAAGGAGAAGAUGGUUCAGCAGAUUGGAAAAAUCGACGGUAAAGUCGAAGAAGUGAAACCGGUCGAAAGGAAUGGGGUGGCCGCUGAACAAAAAACAAUUAGAAAACAUGACUCAACUGAAAGUGAGAAAAGCCUUUCCAAAUCAAUGGACACACGUAAACCUGAGGAAAUUAACGGAAAAGUGCCUGAAGAUAAGCAGCCAACAAAACCUAAGAUCAAACCAGAAUCCAAGCCAAAAGUAGACGCAAAACCGAAAGUAGAACCCAAACCUGUCAAGCAGCCUCCCAAAAAACCUAAGUCAACACUAAUUGACAGAAAACCUUCCCCCAAAAAAGUACCCGAACCUAAAGAAAACGGAGAAGUAAAAGACAAAGAAAUAUCACCUAAAACUCGAGUGGUUAGCAGAUCAUCACCUACUACCGCUCCUGCCAAAAGUGCAAAAGAUGCUAAUAACAGAAAAGUUGCUGAAUCCAAGAAAACUGCCGCAGCCAAAGACACCCCUAAGCCGGAGAAAAAAGAAGCACCCGAAAGAAAACCAAUUUCUCGUAGAACCAAAGGACUCUCCUCAGCGGCAAAAGUGCCAGGCAGUCCUCAGAAGAAGCUCGAAAAGAAAAUUAAAUUGGAAAAAGAAGGCACCACCGAUUCCAGCACCGUCAGCACACCUUCUGCAGACCAGGAAUUCAAAAAGGACAUCAGCAAAUUGACUCCUGAAGAACUCGAAGCUAUCAAAGCUCGAGAGCUUGCUGAUCUCCAGGAAGAACAAGAAGUCAUUAAAGAAAUCGAAGCAGUUUUCCUUAAAAGUGAACAGGCUGAGAAUGAAAUGCGUCGAAUAAAAAACAUUUCAAUAGAGGAUCAUACCGAUGAGGAGUAUCUCAUUAUAGAAAAGGAAGAAAUUGAACAAGAAAUGGCUGCAGAACAAAGUUUGAAAGAAGGAGAAACACAGAAACACAUCCGGGAUUCUGAAGAAUCAGAAAAGUUGAGAGCUUCCCUUGAAGGGCAUAAAGCAGUCGAAGAUGUUCCCCAUUUAGUUCAGCAACAAAAAGCAAUACCGACCAAAGAAGAAAUAGCACCAACCGAAGAUAAAGUGGAAGCUGAUAAGGAAAUUCUAGACAAAAAGGUGGAAGACGAGAAAGAGCUGGCUGAUUUAAAAUCCCAGCCUGAAGACAAAUUCUCUACUCCUAUAGAAUCCGGAGCGACCACUGCUCCCACACUUCCAGAGGAUGAGCGAAUGCCCUUAGAAGAAAUAAAAGAAGCUGUAAUCGAAGAAAAACAUACUAAAGAAGAAACCAAAGAAAAAGACAAGAUAGAUUCCACAAAAAAAGUAGCAGAACCAAUUGCGAAGACUGCAGUCGUAGCAAGUAUAAAAUUAGACAGACAAUCCCAAAUACGUGAUAUUGUCAAAACACCAGAUGAGGUCGCUGAUCUUCCCGUACAUGAAGAAGCAGAUAUUGACACAUUUGAGCCGUUCCAUGAAAAAGUCGAUUUGAAAGAAGAAGCUGACCAAAAGAUAACUGAUGUUAAGGUAAAAGAAGAAAAAAUAGUAGAAUCAGCCAAAGAUAAAGUACCUUCAAAAACUGACUUAAAGCAAGAUGAAACAACUGAUAAACUUCAUUUAGAUGAUAAAUUAGAAGAACAACACAAAAUUGAACCAAAAACUGUCAAAGAUAUCAAAGAAGAAAUUAAUCAAAUUGAAGGAAAAGGAACGUCUCAAGCAACAGUAAUAGAGAAAGAAAUACUUAAAGAUGAACCUGUUCUAAAAAAAGAAGAACAACAUCUCGAAGAGAAGAUCACAAAAGAGGUUGAAGAUGCUAAAAAACCUAUCGAACAGUUGCCAGAUCACAAGGCUGAAGUAAAAGAAACCAAAGAAGAAGCAGAGCAGAAAAUAAAACAGAGUGAAGAGGUGAUAGAAAAAAAAGUAGCUGAAGAAGAAUUAAAGAAAGAAGUGCAUCCAAAAGAAAAAGAAGAAAAACAUGAUAUAAUAGUACCAUUAGAAGAGCAAAAACAAAAGACGCCUAUACAAGAUAAAGAAAUAAAAGAAGAAAUAAAAGAGACUGAAGAGAAAAAAGAAAAAGAUGAAAAACAAUUACUAGUAGAAAGUUCUACAGAAAUUAAAGAUUCAAAGGAAGCGCAGGAAAUUAAAAUCGACGAAUCUGUUAUAAAAGAUGGGCUAGUGGCUAAAGAAAUUCAACAAAAAGAAAUAGAAAGUAUCGACAUAGAUACAAAACCACCUGCAGGGCAAAAGAUAGAAUUGAAAGAGGAAAAAGCUGAUUUGAAAGCAGUUACUGAAAAACUAGAUGGUAAAGAUAAACCUACUCAUGACGAAAAACAAUUGCCGCACGUCGAUACAGCCAAAGAUAUUUUCGAGAAAGACAAAACUGGAGAACAGGAAGAAUUGCAUACAGAAGAUGAAAAGGUUCAAGAAAAGGAUACAGUGAAAGGUGUUGAUGGACAUGUAGAAGCAGAAAGUGAGCCUCAAGAAAAAGAAAGUACGAAAGACGAAAAAUUAAAAGUGGACGAUAAAGAUAUUCUCGAACGCCAACCCGAUAUAAGUGAAGAAAUCCACAAAGACGAGCGCAAACUUAGUGUGAGUGAAAGAACCCAUAAAGAUGAGCGCAAGCCGAGUAUAAGUGAAGAAAUUCACAAAGACGAACGUAAACUUAGUGUGAGCGAAGAAACUCAUAAAGAUGAACGCAAACCGAGUGUAAGUGAAGAAAUUCACAAAGACGAACGCAAACUUAGUGAGGGUGAAGGAAUUCACGUAGAAGAGCGGAAACCAAGUGUGGCUGAAAAAAUUCACAAAGAAGAACGAAAACUUAGUGUAAGUGAAGAAACUCAUAAAGAUGAACGCAAACCGAGUGUAACAGAAGAAAUCCACAAAGAGGAACGCAAACUUAGUGUGUGUGAAGGAAUUCACGUAGAAGAGCGGAAACCAAGUGUGGCUGAAGAAAUUCACAAAGAAGAACGGAAACUUAGUGUGAGUGAAGACAUUCAUAAAGAUGAACGCAAACCAAGUGUAACAGAAGAAAUCCACAAAGAUGAACGCAAACUUAGUGUGAGUGAAGGAAUUCACGUAGAAGAGCGGAAACCAAGUGUGGCUGAAGAAAUUCACAAAGAAGAACGGAAACUUAGUGUCAGUGAAGAAACUCAUAAAGAAGAACGCAAACCGAGUGUAACCGAAGAAAUCCACAAAGAUGAACGCAAACUUAGUGUGAGUGAAGAAAUUCACAAAGAAGAACGGAAACCUAGUGUGACUGAAAAAAUCCACAAAGAAGAACGGAAGCUUAGUGUGAGUGAAGACAUUCAUAAAGAUGAACGCAAACCGAGUGUAAGUGAAGAAAUCCACAAAGACGAACGCAAACUUAGUGAGAGCGAAGAAACUCAUAAAGAUGAACGCAAACCGAGUGUAAGUGAAGAAAUUCACAAAGACGAACGCAAACUUAGUGUGGGUGAAGGAAUUCACAAAGAAGAGCGGAAACCAAGUAUGACUGAAGAAAUUCACAAAGAAGGACAGAAACCUACUGUGACUGAAGGAAUUCACAAAGAUGAACGGAAACUUAGUGUAAGUGAAGAAACUCAUAAAGACGAACGCAAACCGAGUGUAAGUGAAGAAAUUCACAAAGAAGAACAGAAACCUACUGUGACUGAAGGAAUUCACAAAGAUGAACGGAAACUUAGUGUAAGUGAAGAAACUCAUAAAGGGGAACGCAAACCGAGUGUAAGUGAAGAAAUUCACAAAGACGAACGCAAACUAAGUGUGAGUGAAGGAAUUCAGGAAGAGCAAAAAUCUAGUAUAAGUAAAGAUGAAGUCAUAGAUAGCAAGAAAAAAGAACAUCCAUUAAGUCCAACAAAACCUGAAAAGACUGAACAUGAACACAAAGAAGAAACAGAAGGAAUAACAGAAACUGCACAAAUUUCAACCUUUGGUGAUAAAACAGUUUUGAAAGACGAUAUUAAACCCGAUGAAGAAAUGCUUGAAAUAACGGAAAAGGGCAUUAAAGAAGAGAAAGACAUUGAAAUUGCUGCAAAGACUGAAAUUCAUGAAAAGGAACAACAAAAAGAAAAGAAAAAAGAAGAAGCAGUCGAAGAAACAAUUUUAAAAGGUCAUGAAAAACUGGACGAUUUAAAAGUUGAUGCUACAGAUGAAUUUUUAAAACAAGAAAUUGAAAUGAUACAACAGGAAGCCCUUCGAAAGUUAUCUACAGAUGGUGAAGUAAAAAGUAAAGAAGAACAUGAAAUUAAAGAAGUUAAGGAAGAGCCGAAAGUUGAAAAAGAUUCCGAAAGAAAAGUAUCUACAGAACUAAAAGACAUUGAUAUGGCGUCUGAAAAAACUAGCGAGAAAGAAACAGAUAAAACUGUAGAAUCGAAAGUACCAGAACAUAAAGAACAAGGAGGAGUGGGAGACAAAGAAAAAAUUUUAGGAGAAAUUAAAAAGACUGAUAAAAAAGAGCAAGAAAAGUCAGAACCGUCCAUAUUAAAAGCCGAUGCCGAGAAAUUAGACACACCCCACGAAAAACAAGAAAAAGAUAAAAUACAAGAAACUGACAAAAAGGAUACAAAAUCACCUGAAGAUGAUAACAAAACACUAGAUAAAGAACUUAAGCAACUUGAGGCAUCUAUAGAAAAAUUAAAUGAAAUCGAAAAAUCUGUCCACGAAGAAACAUCUAAAGAAAAAGUUGAAGAACACGAUAUACCACAGGAACACACAGAAUUAAAAAUUGAAAAGGAAGUUAAAGAUGCUUUACAGAAAGUUGCUGAAAUUGAUUCCAAUAAACAAGACGAAAAGUCUUUUGUUGACCAAAUUAUGAUUAAGAAAGAAAUGGCUGAGAUUCACGACACAAAGGCUCAAGAGGAUAAAACACCUGCUUUAAAAGACGAACUAGAAAAAGCUGAACAAAAACAAGUAGAUAAGGAUAAAGAGGAAACAACCAUUAUUGACGAAAAAGAAAGUAAAGCUGUAGAAGACGUUAAAGAAGAAAAAGGUAAAACUCCUGAAAAAGAAACAGCUGCAUACAAAGAGCAACCUAUAAUAAAAGAAGAUACAAAAGAAAUGCCACAAGAUACUAACAAGCUAGAAGAACAGAAAAUAAAUGAAUUUGAUAAAACUACGUCAAAAACUGAAGAAAAAUUACAAAAACAGGAUGACAACAAAGCUGAAUAUGAAAAGAAGGAUACUGCAGAGAAAGAAGCAGAUUUUAAACUCAAAGAAGAAUUACACGUAGAGAAAAGUGACAAAGAAAAAGAUGUAGUUCAAGAAGAUCAUGAACAUGAACUUCCUAAAGAGGAGCAGAAAGAAACUGAUAAGCCACAAGCCGAUUUAAAAGAAAAAGGACAUUUAGAAUUAGUGGUAGAUAAAAAGGAAACCGAGAAAACAUCAGAAGAUGAAGAUAAAAAACUAAAAAGUCCUGAACAUUUGAGAGAACUCGAGAAAAGUGAUGCGUCAUCUCCAUCAUCAGAAGGACAUGAUGAAAAGAAGGAAGCAGGCGAUAUUAAACAUCCUGAUUCAAAAACGUCCAUUUCACCAAUAGUUACUCAAGAGAAGAAAGAAUCUAUAGAACAAAUAUGGGCAAAAGGCAGUGACCAAAUUAAAUUCGAACAUGAAAUAAUUGGUAAAGAUGCUACUAAAUUAGAAAAGGAAAUCGAUUCACUUACAAAGGAGCAAGGCAAAAAGCCUGAUCAGCGUGAAGAUAAAAAAGAUGAGUCACUGCCGCAAGAACCAACCAAAGAAUAUGAGAAACAUGAAGAAAAAAUUAUAGAUGAACAUGAAGAUGAUUCUAAGUUGGAAAAGAAAGUUGACUCACCACUGCAAGAACCAGUCAAGCAGCAUCAGAAACCUGAAGAAAAAAUUGUCGAUAAACAUGAAGACGUUUCCAAAUUGGAGAAGAAAGUUGACUCACCACCGCAAGAACCAGCGAAACAGCAUGAGAAACUUGAAGAAAAAAUUGUCGAUAAACAUCAAGACAUUGUCAAGUUGGAGAAUAAAGUUGACUCACCACCGCAAGAACCAGCGAAACAGCAUGAGAAACUUGAAGAAAAAAUUGUCGAUAAACAUGAAGACGUUUCCAAAUUGGAGAAGAAAGUUGACUCACCACCGCAAGAAGCAGCGAAGCAGCACGAGGAACAUGAAGAAAAAAUUGUCGAUAAACAUGAAGACAUUGUCAAGUUGGAGAAGAAAGUUGACUCACCACCGCAAGAACCAGUUAAACAGCAUGAGAAACAUGAAGAAGAAGUUGUCGAUAAACAUGAUGAUGUAUCCAAAUUAGAUAUGAAAGUUGGUUCUCCACUUAAAGAGCUAGAGAAAGUGUUGGAAAAACCAGAAGACAUACAUGAAGAUCUUUCCAAAUUGGAGAAGAAAGGCGAUUCACCAUCGAAAGAACAAGACCAAAAAGUCGAAAAACUGGAAGAUAAAAUUGAUGAUAAACUAGAUGACAUCUCUAAUUUGGAAAAGGAACUUGAUUUAUUAAUAAAAGCACAAGAUCGAAGCAUGGAGGAACUCCAGGACAAAAUUAAAGACAAAUACGAAGAAAUUACUACAUUAAAGCAAGAAAAGAUAAUUUCCGAUGAGAAGGAGCAAAAAGAACAUAAAGCCACACAAGAAGAAAUUGUUGAUGAAAAAUUAAAAUCACACGCCCUCGGAGUGAAAGACAAAACUAAAAUAGAACCGCAACAAGAAAUCAUCAUAACAAAAGAGGAAUAUCAUCACGAAGACGAAAGUAUUGACGCAGAUCAUCCUAAAGAUACGAUAUUUGUGACAAAAGAGGAAAUUAAGAAAGAAUUACCACAAUUUCCAGAGAAAGUAGUAGUCAAAGAUGACGACGACAAAUUAAUAGGCAGUACAAAGGUAGGAAAAUUAACUUUAGAUAUAGAUCUACAUAAAGUAAAAUCAGAUGAAAAAUCUCCAGAAGUAAAUAUUGUAAGCCCUACCCCUCCCACUGAGGAAAAGGAAACAAUUAAGCAGGACAUAGUAGAAGAAAGAAAGAAGUCUAUUGACUUGACUAAAGACAAAGAAGAAGAAACUGCAGAAAUAAGAAAGUCAGAAUUAGAUGACAAACAGAAAGUAUCAGAAUCUACAAGUAAAGAUGAAUUAGAAAAACAUAAAGAAAUGUUAAAAGAGGAAACUACAGAUAUAUUAAAAUCAGAAGUUACCAAGUCACAUGAUUUAAAAGAACAAACGGAGACAACUGAAAAAGAGAAGGAACCUGAAAAAGAUGAUAAAUUGGUAACAUUAAAAAGAGACCAACAGGAACAAGUAUCUCCUGGAAAAAGUGAAACGAUUACCGAAGUAACAACAACAAAGGAAUCUAAAGUCACUGAAAAAGAACCUUCUGUAAUUGAAAAGAAAGUUGAUACUCAAAAAGAUGAUGAACUGGUCAUAGGUAAAAAGUCACCAACUGAAGUUGACACUACUGUGAUACCUGAAAAAACAGACAAAAUGCCAGAAGUAAAAGAAACCGAUUCUAAAAAGACAGACAGUGAUAUAAUUUCUCUACCAAAAUCAGAAGAAAAAGAAAGUGAUAAGGUAUCAGAUCAAAAAGCAGAAACGCUGGGUCUCACCAUAAAACCUGAAGUGCCUAAAGUCGACAAAAAAGACGAAAAACAAAUCGAUUUAGAAAAAGAAAUAACUGUGGUCAAACGUGAGUCAAUAGACAAGGGCAAAGAAAAAAGUCCAGACACAAAAAGUUCCCCUGAUAUUAGCGAAACUGAAACCACUUCAAAGGAAUCGGAAGUAGUUGUUGAGGAUUCGACUGAUAUACACAAAGAGGAUAGUCCACGAGAUGAAAAGGAGCAUGGAGAUAUAAUUGCUAAGAAAUUAUCUCCAUCAGGAAUUAUCGAAAGUGAAGCUAGAACAAAGGAAAUAGAACAAAAGGGAGAGAAGAUUUCGCCUGAAAAGCACAAAAUAGAAAUUUCAAAAGAAGUUGUCAAAGAUGAAAUAAAAGAAACGAUUUCAGAAGAAAGUAUUAAAGCGCUUGCAGAAAAAUCCCCCGAACAUGCUCCAAGUGAAACAAAAGAAAAAGUUACUGCCCAAGUAAGUCAUGAAAUUGCAGCUGACAAACACGAAGAGACUGAUGAUAAACAAAAAAGUGAUCUCGCGAAAAUAGAAAAAGAAAAGUCAGCCACCACAGAAGCAAUGACAAUCCACAAAAUAGAACAUGAUGUAGAAACAACCAAAUUGGACUCAAAAGACAUGACGCAAAAAUUGAUCGAAAGUGAAAAAAUCAUUUCUCCAGUGUCAGACUCCAUACAUCACGAGACAAUUACCAAAGAAAAAGAAAUAAGCACAUUAAUUGGAUCUAAACUGUCCGAAGCUAAAACGCCAGACGAUAAACUACCCACUGUAGACGAUUCAAAGAAAAUAGAAGUAGAAGUUCACAAGAGCGGAAGUGAUAUGGAAGCGCGUAAAAAAGACCUCGAAGACAUUGCCAAAAUUGAUAGUCAACUACAAAAAAUGAAAAUAACAAUCUUAGACGAAGCAAAAGAGAAACACGAAACUUUAACAACUGAUAUCCCAAAACUUCUAGAUGAAACAUUUGAUAAGAAAGAUUUGGGCUGCAAAUCGCCAAAGGAAAGGGAAGAAGAUGUUUUCAAAAUCGUAGCAAGUGUUGCUGAAGUUUUAAAGUCAGAUGCGCCUCUUGAAGAAUUCAGGGGGAAAAUCCCCAUCGAUAUUGAUAUAGAACCAUCCACUGAAGGAUUUAUAACAGAACUACGGGAAACUCAUAUUACAGGACCUCCUCUUAGCGAAAGCGAACACAUUGAGGAGGAAGAAGAGGAAGAAGAAGAAAAAGGAGUUCAGAAGGAGAACAUUGGAGAAAGAAUAUUCGAAGGAGUAGAGAAAAUAAUGACAGGUAUUGGUGGUGUAAUAAGCACAACAUUAUUUGACGAAGCCCAUUCAGCAGAUAGAUCCAAAAAAGAGGAAUCCCAAAGUGAUAUUUCCAAAAAAGAAAAAAAAGUAGACACUGAAUCUGAUGACAGUCAGAAACCAGACGAGAAGUCUACAGAUGUUUCUCAAACCAAAUCAAAAGAACACAGUCCCAAAAAAGAAACAGAAGACCACACUAGGAGGAAAAGUUUAUCUGAGAGUUUUAUAGAAGGUAUUGAAAAAAUCGCUUCUGACAUUGGCCACACAAUAGAAACAAAAUUAUUCCAUGAAACAAGUACACAUUCUGAACACGAAAGAACAGAAGAGGUACCUACAGUGUCGCAAUUAGCUGAAGUUAAGGAAGAAUCUAAAAAAACUGGCCUACACGAAAAAGAUACACCAACAAAAGAAAUCUCAAGUCCUCAUGAACAUGACCCAAUAAGCAAAGAGCACGAGAAGAAAAAGAGUAUAACAGAAAACAUCAUAGAAGGAAUUGAAAAAGUUGGCCACUCAAUCGAAUCAAAACUGUUCCACGAAUCUCAUCACACAGAUAGAAAAGAGAGUUCUGUACACGAGCAUGAGGAAUUAAAAUCAAUAGAAACCAAAGAAGAAAGUUCACUCGAUCAUAAGAAAACCAAAGAAGACAAAAUCAGUAAAGACGUUUUACAUGAUGAACACGAAAUAAAAGAAAAACCUGCCGCCGAAACUCACGAAAGAAGAAAAAGUAUAUCAGAAAAAAUAAUUGACGGCAUUGAAAAGUAUAUUCACAUUGGUGAACCAAAAGCACCUCCUCACGCACAAAUGGAAUCAGAAUCAAAAAAGGUAGAAUUAAGUGAAACUCACAGUGAAAAGGUAGCCAAAGAAGAAACACAUCCACCCCAUGGAAAACAAGAAACAGUUUCAGAAGAACUAUCGCAAACGAGCGAAACUUUAGAGUCCAAAGGUUCUUCCCCAUCGGAAUCUCAGGACGUACUUCAUGAAAAAGAAGAAAGUAAAACACACAAAAAGAAACAGAGCUUAACUGAAAGCAUUAUAGGUGGAAUAGAAAAAAUUGCAUCUGACAUUGGUCACACCAUAGAAACAAAACUAUUUCAUGAAGCAGACACGACAAUAGAACAAAAACUGGAAGAUGCAAUGAGAGAAGAUUACGAUUUCGAGCAUCAUAAAGAAACUGCAGCAUUCAAAACAACCGAAAUGAAAACAGAAGAAAAAUCAUUAUCAAAGGAAAAACAAACUAAACUUGAACAUGACAGUAUGGACAUUAGAAAAUCAUCUGAAACUGUAAAACAUCACGAAACAAUUUCAGAAACAAUUGGAAAAAUAGCAUCCAGCAUAACCAGCACAAUAGAAGCAAAAUUUAAUGGAUUUGACACGUCUGAAUCCAAACAUGAAGAACUGAAAGAAAUAAAAUCUGACCACGCGAAAAUAGACUCGUUAAGUCAUGAAAUUCAUCAAGGCGCUACAGAUAUAAAAUCAGAAAAGUUUGCUACCGAAAAGAAAGAAACAACUGACCUAAAAGGAGAAUUAAGAGAGACAAAAGAACAUACAGAAACAACAAAAGAUUCAAAAAUUGAUAAACACACGUCAGAAUUUGUUAGUGGAAGUGUAGAAAAAGUAGUAUCCGAUGCUAAAAAAUUGAUAGAUGAGAGUUCCACUAAAUUAGGCGAAACAUUUUCCGGCAUCCGCGAAAAAAUAGAGACAGAAAGCAAACAUGUCUCCGAAGGAUUGAAGGGAUUAGUAGAAGAAAAAUCUGAAUUCAUUGAAAAACUUGUUUCAGAAUCAAAGGAAGCUCAUUCGAAAGAUUCUGAAGAAAUUAUUUCAACUAAAACAACAAGCACAGAUACAAAAAUAACAAAACACGAUCAAGCACAAAAGGAUGAGACAAGUGCAUUGGAUUCUAAAGAUAUAAAAUCUACUGUAAGUGCAUUUUUAGACACGGAAAAGGUAGCAACCAUGCUCGAACCCGAAAAAGUAACCAUAACAAAAAUAGAGACAACGAUAUCUGGACCUUCCGGAAAAAUGACAGAAUCGGUUAUUAUGUCAACUAGUAUCCACCAUAAAGAUGAGCUUACAUGGAGUGGAAAAUCAACUCCUGAUAUAGCCGAAUUAGAAACUGUUCAGGAUGUUUCAGACUUGAAGGCAUCGACCCCACCUACUGUUCCAGUCAGUCCCAUUGUUAAGGAAGAAGGCAUUAGUCAAACCGUGUCUUCUGUGAAAGUGUUAGAUUUGAGAAGUUCAACUCCAGCAAGUGACGAUCUCGAACAUAGUGAUCUUAGUUCUAGUCAGUUUUCUAAAGUGGUUUGGGAAAGUGAUAAACAAAACCUUAGUGACGACGACGAUCUACCAGGCACUCCACUAAGCACAACCUCUCAGGUGGCUGCGUCCAGUUCUUCGCACGAUUUAGAAGAUGACAGUGUAAAACUGAUGAGCAAAUUCGAUCCAAUGAGCAUGUCUCUGUACGGAGCUCUACCAGAAGAUUCGAAAGAAGACGAAAUGAAGUCCAGUAGAUUAUUAGACGAAGCCGAUCUAGAUUUUGAUAAAGCAAUGAUAGAUGAUCGUGGUGAUCAUCUGUUUGGUUCUACGUCACCAAGUUACAUGUACGAAGUAACUACGGCUAAAUAUACUGUGAUGUCGGAAGCAGGUAAAAGUAGUGAUGGGAGAAGUCAAGACUUGAUGACGUCUAGUUUUAUAGGCGAACUACCUAAAGAAACCCGCCCUCAGAGUUCUGAAGGUGAUAAAGAUAAAGUAGAUGACGUAGUAAAAUCGUGGGGUAAACCGCUGGGUUUGCCAAGUCCCGCGCCUUUGAACGAUAACAAGGGGACUCCUAAAAAGGAACGAAAAAUACCGCCCAACGUAUUGGCCAAAAAUAAAUUGAACGAAGACAAGAAAAUGAUGGAUUCUAAGAAGAGUAAAAAGUACACACCUGUUUACGUCGAUCUCACAUACGUUCCUCACUUUGGAAAUUCGAAUUAUUGCGCCGUCGACUUCUUUAGAAGAAUACGUGCAAGAUAUUAUGUUUUCUCCGGAUUGGAGCCCAGCAAGGAUGUUUAUAAUGCUCUGUUAGAAGCGAAACAGACAUGGGAAGACAAAGAUCUAGAGGUUACUAUAAUUCCCACUUAUGACACCGAUGUACUGGGUUACUGGGCAGCAGAGAACGAAGAGCUUUUGGCCAAGCACAAAAUCGACUUUUCGCCGUCGGCGAGCCGGUGUACUAUCAAUCUUCAGGAUCACGAAACGUCGUGCUCCGCUUACCGUUUAGAAUUCUCGUAAUUUGUCAGCUAAACAAGUCCCUAGCAAUAAUAAUUUAUUCAACUUAGGUUGCACACCCGAUAAACAACAUACAAAAACUAAUAUAUAUAUAAAUAACAGACAUUCUCUACGUCCAUUUUUGUGUAAUUAAU